CGGUUAAAAAGAUCCAAAACUCCUCGAGCGGGAGUUCUGCUGGUGAGUUUUGUUCUGUUCGUCUGAUCUUCUCAUAUUCUCUCAGACGUAGUAACAGCGCCGUCAAAGCAACCCCUUAUUAGUUUUCGUUCUUUGUCACAAGCAUCUGCAAUCAGUCAAACACGCACAAAUUACAAUCAUGGCAGCUGAAGCAUGGGUCACAUUGGCAACAAAUGAUUCCUACGCCGUGGGAGCCUUGGUGCUCGCACACUCUUUAAAGUCUGCAAAUACAACAAGGCCACUAGUUGUCAUGAUAACUGAUCAAGUCAGCACUGCAAUGAGGGAUAGACUUGGUGCAGUUUCAUGCCUAGUUCAAGAAGUCAAUGUCAUGGAUUCACAUGACAGUGCUCACUUAGCAUUGUUAGCAAGACCUGAACUUGGCAUCACUUUCACCAAAUUGCAUUGCUGGGCUUUGACUGCUUUCAGUAAAUGUGUUUUCUUGGAUGCAGAUACUCUGGUCAUUCAAAACUGUGAUGAGCUCUUUGAAAGGGAGGAAUUCUCAGCAGCAGCUGAUGCUGGCUGGCCCGACUGCUUCAAUUCGGGUGUCUUCGUUUUUAGACCCUCGUUGGAGACGUACAGCAAACUUCUCUCUUUUGCUGUAUCCGAAGGAAGCUUUGACGGUGGUGACCAGGGUUUGCUCAACUCUUACUUUGCAGACUGGGCCACUAAAGAUAUUAGUCGACGAUUGCCUUUCAUUUACAACAUGACUGCUUCAGGCUCCUAUUCUUAUCGGCCAGCAUACAAACAGUUUGGAAAGAACGUUCGAAUUGUUCAUUUCAUAGGUUCACCGAAACCAUGGCAGGCAUCUGAGGCCUCUGCUUUCCAGAGGCCAGUUCCCGGAGAUCACAUCGGACUCUGGUGGAGCAUUUUCGUCAGCCAUGUCCUGCCUUGCUUAUCCUCUGAAAUGUUCCCCAUUCAACGCCCUCAUUACCAAUUGAAUGAGCAGCCUGACGUUUCUCUAUCAGCCCCCAUUAAAGAGAGAAAUCAUUCAACUCAUAUUGACAGUGAAAGUUUGACCCUUGCUAACGUUGCCCCUAUCGGGCAACUUUCGGACGCCGCGGAAGUCAAGGAAGCUGCGGUUGAGGCUGCAAUGCUGAAUCGACCGUCCCAUUUGACAGAGUUUUCCCAUGUGCCAAUUUCAAACCAUGAUUUACUCCCCCCGAUUCUUCCAAAUCCUAAUAAUACCGUAAUAUUGCCAUCAUCUUUUAUCGAACCCAACUCUUUCGCUUCAGGCCAAACAGACAGUGCUGAAUCCGAACAUUUAAGCUUGCCCACAAUAGUGCCGGCGGAGGAUAGUACUGGAGUUGCAGCCCAAUUCUCGCAGCUUGUUGUCAAAGACGAGAGGCAGCAGGUUGUUAGCAAGGAAGAACAACAUCAUAGUCAACCGCAAGGCAGCCCUCAACACGUAGCGGUUGCCACAGGAGGGGAAGCUGCGGCGGCUGCCGUUUCGUCUGCUCCGAGUUCCCGGGAGGCCUGGGAACAAGGAUGUGUCGACUACACUGGAAGAGACUCGUUUGAUAAAAUUAUGGAGAAAAUCGCAAAGACACUCGAAAGCCAACAGAAACCUUAAAUCGAGUCAUACGAAUUGCAAAAGAAAAAUAAAAUCUACAUUUCGUACGAAUGCCGGAGAAGCCAUACUUGCCGCCGCCAAUACUUUUAUUGCUUUUACUAACUUGUCCUGUGGCUGUUUCUCUCGAAUCGAAUCUUUUCGUGUGUUGGAGCUUAAGUAGAGUCAACCGAGGAAUAUUUUCUUGUACUUCUUCUGGGUCGUGAAUUUUUCUGUUGGUUUUUCUUUAAUGUUAUACAUGGAUACAUCUUUCCAAAAAUAUGAAUAUCAAAUGUUAACAAGUUCAAAUAUGUAAAAUCUAAAAUGAGGAUCUAAUAAUAAUGUAGUAUGGCUUCUCAAA